AUGAACGGCUAUGUCGCCAGCCCAGAUCUGCCUCCCCCCCCUCCGCUCAUCUUUGUCCGCGCCCUGUACAACUAUGAUGCCGAUGACCAUACCAGUUUGAGCUUUCGUCAGGGCGAUAUAAUUCAGGUCUUGACUCAGUUGGAGAGUGGUUGGUGGGAUGGGGUAAUCAAUGAUGUUCGGGGCUGGUUCCCCAGCAACUAUACCGUCGAAAUCGGGGGUGAUGAAUCCAGUGCCUCUGCUCAUGAAGGAAGCGAGACCGGUUCUGGCACCGGCACCGAGGAGGAAUAUGACGACGAAGAGGAUGACUCUGACAGUCACACCCAGGAUGAAGACUCUGAUUUACCCAUAGAAGGUGGCACCGCUCAUCCCCAGGAAGAAGCCGCUUUUUGGGUGCCUCAAGCCACCCCAGAUGGCCGAUUGUUUUACUUCAACACCCUGACAGGUGUCAGUACCAUGGAGCUGCCUCUGGAAACUCCAACAACCUCAGAGGAGACUGGACCACGCGAUCGCAAUCAUUUCCAUGUUCCUGAACAGACCAGGCCACCACCAGAGAUGAUGGCCCAGGGUUAUGGCCAGAAUGAGGAAGAUUAUGAUGGCUCUGCCUCCGAGGCCGAUGGUGAACAAUCCCUAAGAUCUUCACGCAAAAAGAGUUCCAUGACUUCUGGCAGCAUCUCCACUUCCACUUCCAUGGACUCUAUCGAUAUCAGCGCUGCCCGGCAGGCUGGUAAUUCGGUUCCUCCUCACCUCAACACUUUUGGCUCUCACACCGGGAUUUCCAUGGCUCUUCCUCCCCUGGGAACGACUUCCACCUCAUUUACUGUACCGCCGCAACCCAGACUCACCAAAUCACCCACGCCGAGAUUCUUUCUGGACGACGCUGUGGCUGCACCUGUCACCUGGGGUGUUCUCGUCGAGAACAUGCGAUCGGCUAUUGAAGCCUAUCGACGCGCCAUUCGAAGCCACGCCCGUGCUGAUUACGUUCGAAGAGCCGAAGAUAUCUCCGAUCACUUGCGCAUGCUGCUGGCUGCUGGUUCAGGCACAACUGACAAUCACUCAGGCAAUCCAUCAAUCAUCUCAUCUAAUAAAGCUUUAUAUCCCCACUUCCGUGAGAUGAUGUCGAAAUUCUCAAAAUUGGUGCUGUCUUCGCAUAUUGCAGCCGCCGACUGGCCAGGUCCAGAUGCUCUGACCAAGUGCUUGCAAGAGGCUGACGGUGUGCUGAACGGUGUAUAUGGCUAUGUCGAGGUGGCUCGACAGCAAAGAGGAGAAGAGAUCCCCCGCCUCAAUCCAGGUUUCAUAAUGGGCAGCACCGUUGGCGGUGGCUGGCGUGAUAAUAAUAUCGACAGUCAGUCGAAACUCGAUGAAGUUUCGUUUAUGGACUCGAGUGAUGAGAUCCGCUCUCGUCCAUCUGCGCCACUAGACGCCAAUCUACUCCGAUUCAUUGAAGAUUGCAAAAAGAACCUCACAACUUCCCUACGCCGCCUGGAGGAGGCGCUGCAACUGACAGAAAAGAUUGCGACACCCACCCGACAAGCUGACAUAGGCGAUAUGAUAUGCCAUAAGGCUGGUGCUGCACUCGAUCAAUUCCGACCAUGGAUUCAGCAUGUUGAAUCCAUUGAUUUGUCUGCACUGGGCAACGUUUUCCAGAAACCUUCAUUGGUGGAUUUUGGGACACAGAAACAGAAGGCAUAUGACUCGAUCGGCGAGCUGGUAGCAACGUGCCAGGCUAUAACCGCUCCUCUGCCUGAUGAAUGGGCGGAAACCAGGGGCGAGUCUCUGGAUAUCCGCAUGCACCAUGCCCGAACGGCGAGCAAACAACUUGAAACUUAUGUCUCCAAUGUCACCUACGCACUUCAACUGUUACUUCCAGCAACAACCUUGAACGCCCCAAGUUCCACCAACAAGCGGGACCACCGUAUGACGGAUGGUGGAGAAACUUAUCAAAACCAUCACUUACGAGGAGAUUCGACUCACGCUGCAAAUUUUCGACCGGCGCUGGCAGAUCUUGGGCAGUCUAAGUCGUAUACUCUCGGGCAAGAACCACCGGAGGGCACGGCUGAGAAACCACGGCGCCCCACGAAGGACAAGGCGAGGCAAUUUUUUGGCCAGUUGCCCCCCAAUCUCACGAGUAUCAAGACGGCAAACGAACCACCUUUCAAUGCUGGAGAAGAAGUACCAUGGUAUUUGCAGCUUGAUCAUCCAGACGAAGUGCAGUAUGACACUCGAAACGAAGUUGUCCAAGUCAAGAGUGGCACUCUGACUGGAUUAGUGGAGCAGCUGACACGCCACGACCGUCCCGAUACCACCUUUGCGACAAUCUUCUUGCUCACCUAUCGAUCUUUUACAUCUGCAGCGGAGCUGUUUGAGCUUCUUGUGAGAAGAUUUAAUCUACAACCACCCAAAGGACUCGCACGUGAUGAAUUGUCAAUCUGGGAAGAGCAUAAACAGAAACCCGCUCGUUUCAGGGUCUUGAAUAUCCUCAAAUCCUGGCUUGAACAAUAUUGGAUGGAGAGUGACGAUGCGGAAAGCCAAGCGCUUCUUGAACGAAUAUUGGCAUUUGCCAAGAGUACAUAUACAAGCACCAAGAUCGGAUUGGCGAAAGUCCUGAUCAAUUUGGUGGACCAGCGAAUGAAGGGUUUAGAAACGACGUCGAAGAAGUUGAUCUUGACUUUGAACAACUCGGCCCCAGCACCCAUUCUGCCCAAGAACAUGAAGAAGUUGAAGUUCCUUGAUAUCGACCCCACGGAGUUUUCCAGACAGUUGACUAUCAUCGAGUCUAAGCUGUAUGGCAAGAUCAAGCCCGUUGAGUGCCUGGCAAAGACUUGGGAAAAGAAAGGGCAAACAGACACCGAACCCGCGCCUAAUGUUCAGGCCUUGAUUUUGCAUUCAAAUCAACUGACAAACUGGGUGGCUGAGAUGAUCUUGGCUCAUCCCGAACUCAAGAAACGAGUGGCUGUGAUCAAGCAAUUUGUGGCCAUUGCUGACAGAUGUCGAGCGCUGAACAAUUUCUCGGCUGUGACAGCGAUCAUAUCAGCCCUGGGAACUUCACCAAUCUUGCGACUGAAUCGCACCUGGCAACAACUCAAUCCUAAAACACAAGCAUUACUGGAAUCAAUGCGCUCGUUAAUCUCUACGUCCAAGAACUUUUCACUCUAUCGUGAGACACUACAUGCCGCGACUCCUCCUUGUAUACCAUUCUUGGGAGUAUAUUUGACGGAUCUGAUUUUCAUCGAGGAUGGUAUUGCGUCUUUAAUGAAGGGUUCGGAGCUCAUCAACUUUGCCAAACGGACCAAAACCGCUGAGGUCAUCCGCGAUAUACAGUCAUAUCAGAAUGUCCCUUACGGUCUGAAUCCAGUGCCUGAAUUGCAAGAAUGGAUCACAGAAAACAUGAGAAACGCCGGUGACGUGCAAGAAAUUGGAAUGUAUAACCAGAGUUUGAAGAUCGAACCCCGAGAACGAGAAGAAGAAAAGAUUGCCCGAUUGUUGUCAGAAUCUGGCUUCCUAUAG